CUGUAAAUGUUCAUCAUGCCAAAGGGGAAGGAGCCUAUGAGCAUGACAAGGAGGAAGAUGAAGAUGACAGAAAAAAAGAGGAGGAAGGAAGAACCAGCAGAAGAAGAAGAAGAAAGCAAGACAGUGUGGACGUGGAGUAGGGGGAGAGCUAGUGUGGAUGCGGACCAGGAUAGCGAGCCGUACCCCUCCAACCAACAGACCCCGCAGUCUUCCCAGAAGGUUGCCAUCUCCGAGGAACAAGACGAUCUGAUUGCGUCCUUCUUAGAAAGCCACCCGGCUUUCUAUGACGUGUCCCACACAGACUACAAGAACAAAGGAAAGAAGAAUGCAUGGUUGAGGAAUGCAGCCCCUGCAAUAGGACUAACGUCUAAACAGAUUCUCACAAGGUUCCGGACAAUGAGAACAGAUUACUUCAAACUGAAGCGGAAGGUUGCAGAGAGAGCUGCCCGCGGGCGGCACAAGAUUACUCCACUGCAGGAGUUUAAACUGCGCCGAUACAAGUUCCUUGAUGCACACUACCGGGGGAGGGACAAGACUUCUUCCAGCGCACUCGGAUCGGUUAAUACCCCGGUUCAGCCACAGGAGUACAGUUCAGAUGAGGAUGAUGUCAACGACGUGAGGUUCACUUCAAGUGCGGGAUACGGCGCGGGAACCAGUUCUAAGCGCAAGCGAUACGACAGCUAUGAGUCACCCUCGCCCAAGAAGAGCAAGAAGGGGAUGACUGAGUUCCUGGUGGAACUCUUGACUGACUCCCACAAGGAACUGCGACAGUCACAGGCUACCCUGGCAAUGGCUGCCAGCAGUGCGAGUGCCGGCACCAGUGGCACCAGCGAGCGGAACGCCUGGGCCCAGUGGCUGUCCAGUCUGCAGCAGGAGAUCCCGCAGGACACGUGGCGGGUGUACCAGGUGGAGACCUUCACCAUCGCCAUGCGCUACGCCAUGGGGGCACAGCAGCAGCACCACCAGGCUUCCCAGCAAACCCUAAACCAGCCUUUCGACGAGCUCGCACUGCCGCUACCCCCUUUUAAGGUCACGCCCUCAACACAGCAGCAGCCAAACAGGCACAUAAAAACGCCUCUGCUGUACUCCUACUUCCGUAGUUCAUGUGCCUGGAGAGUUCGCAUCGCUCUGAACCUGAAGGGUAUCGAGUAUGAACAGGCUCCUGUACAUCUCAUAAAGGAUGGUGGACAACAGCACUCAGAAGAGUAUAAACAGAAGAACCCCAUGGCACAGGUGCCCACCCUCAUCAUAGAUGGACACAAACUCACCCAGUCUAUGGCAAUCAUGGAGUACCUAGAGGAAACCCGACCAGACCCUCCCCUCCUGCCAAAGGACCCUGCUACAAGGGCAAAGGUUCGGAUGAUUGCAGAGACUGUUAAUGCAGGCAUUCAACCCAUUCAGAACCUGAGUGUUCUGCAGAAAGUUGGGGAUGAGAAGAAGAUGGAAUGGGGUCACUACUGGAUUGACCGAGGCUUUACAGCUUUGGAAACUGUACUGAGUGAGACUGCAGGAAAGUACUGUGUGGGAGACCAGGUUACUAUGGCUGACCUGUGCCUCGUGCCACAGCUGUAUAAUGCCACUAGAAACAAAGUGAACAUGGACAAAUUCCCCAAGAUUUCCGGCAUCAUAAAACGCUGCUCAGAACUGGAGGCAUUCAAGACAGCCCACCCAUUCAGCCAGCCUGACUUUGUUAAGGCAGAAAUAUAGGACAAAUAUGACGCUUGCUUCCACUUGAGAUGAUUCUCUCACCAAAUUUAAUUUUGCUACUAUUGUGUAUUGUAAUUUUUAAGUUAAAAUUGAUUUCUAGUUAAUUCAUCUCAGUGGAAUGCCUGACUUAUAUAAUUGAAACUCUAUGUUGUUACGACUAUGAUAAUGAUUCCAGGCUAAAUAACUAACCUGUUUUGAUAGUCUGUGGUAUUUUCCAUAGAGUAAGAUAUGUUCAUUAUGUGCUGACAGGUGCAUGGAUACACAUGAGCUUUGGUGGUAUUCCCAAACUCUGACGAUGACUUCUCAAAGAACUUCUAAUUGUACCAGGAUUCGAAAUACCUACUAUACCUCACUCUGGCCACACAAGUCAUGGUUUCUGUGUGUGGAGAUGCCAUGUUGCCUGGCACAAAAGUUACGACAACCUGAAAUGGCAACCUGAAAUGUUGAUGGGCAACCUAGCUUUUGUUUUAACUUAAGUUGCCGAGUGGACAACCUGAGAAAAAAAGUAUUUGAAACCCUGUUGUACCCUUUAGUAUAAAAGGCUACUGGCUUUUGUCUA